AUGAAUUUCAAUCUAACAGAAAGAAUACACGCACGGUACCUCGUUGCUUGUGAUGGCGCGCAUAGCUGGACCAGAGACAAACUGAACAUCCUGGCCGACACAAUAUCGGAAGACUCAACCUGGGGUGUGUUGGACAUAAUCCCAAUCACUGACUUUCGUAUGCUAUACCUUCCCGUUCAGGCGACUGAAACUGACCGGAAUUUAGCUGAUAUCCGGCGAUCCUGCUCGAUCAACUCUCAGCCUCACGGAAGCAUCAUGACAGUACCGAGAGAAAAUCGACUCGUUCGGUUUUAUAUCCAUCUCCGCGAGCUUGAAGAAACUGCCAUGCAGCAUCCCGGCUGCUCUCCCCAGGCUAUGGUCGAAAUUGCCAAGGCGAUCAUGAAACCGUAUGACUUGACAUAUAAACAUUGUGACUGGUGGUCUACUUACCCAGUAAGACAGCGCAUGAUAUUACAAGAACUCUAUGCUAAUUAUGAUAUCAAAGAUCAGCCGACGCCUGGUCAGACAUUACAGACCUCAAGAGUGGUAAGGAGCAAUCUUAAUUCCAUGCACACCGACGGCUUAUAUAUAUAUAUAUGGUUUAGCGUGUUUCUCGCCGGAGAUGCGGCCCACACACAUUCGCCGAAGGGAGGCCAGGGUAUGAACGUAUCGAUCCAAGACACCUACAACCUGAUAUGGAAAUUGGCUGCGGUCGUUACCAAUGGUGCUGACGCCAUGAUCUUGGCAACGUACGAUAGUGAACGGCGUCCGGUUGCUAAGACACUGAUGGAUCUAGACUCCCGUCUUGUACAAGCGUACGAGAUGGAGGAGAAAGAUACCUCGAGUGGAAUCUACGAGAUUCGAAACCGGUAUGCUGGGUUCAUGGCUGGUGUCGAUGUCACCUAUUCCGAUAGCAUUUUGGUGACUGGAAAGGAGACUGUCGACCCAAACCUUGCGCGCAAUAUCAAGCUUGGCGCACGGUUACCGUCAUUUCUUGUUGUUUUUCACUGUGAUGGAGCCCCUGUACAACUGGCUCAGAGGCUUGUGAGUGAUGGGGCUCUCGGGGGUGGCGCUGCCCGACUAUUGAAUCUGCUGGAUCUUCCGGAGCCUUUCCACCCGUAUGAUGACUUCCUGGGAUGGGACUACUGGAAGGUGUUUGCCGAUGAUCGGGAUCAAGCAUACACAGGAUACGGUAUUGACAAGCAAGACCCAGGGUGUCUAGUACUCUGUCGACCGGAUCAGCAUGUGGCAUGGGUAGGAAGCAUGGAGGAUGUGGCUGGUUUGGAUAAUUAUUUCUCGAUCUUCGUUGGGUCAUCGCGGUAA